AUGGAAGACGACAGCAGAAUAAUAAAUGAUGAUGAAUCAUGCAUAACUAAUGAUUGUUAAGUUAAUGAAACUUAAAUUAAAUAAUAUAAAAAGGUUAAAUUAUUAGGAGUUGGAGCAUACGGUAAGGCUUAUCUUGUUUCAUCUGAUGAUUAAGAUGAAGUUAAAUAUGUUAUGAAAGUAGUACCUUAAUCAAUUUCAGCAAAUACAGAAGCAUCUAUAUUAUAAAAUCUUAGACACGACAAUAUUAUUUAAUAUGUAGAAACCUUUAUAGAUAAUAAAGAUCGAUUAUGUUUAAUUAUGGAAUAUGCAAAUAGUAAUAUAUUUUAAUUGUAAUCUUUUAGAUGGUACUCUAGGAUAAUAUUUAAAAUCAAGAACAUAGCCUUUACCUGAGGCAUAGAUAAUUGAUUGGUUUACACAAUUAUGUUUAGCUUUGCAAUGUGUACAUUCUUAAAAGAUAAUUCAUAGAGAUAUCAAAUCUGAAAAUGUAUUUUUGCAUGAUGAAAAAAUUAAAUUGGGAGAUUUUGGAAUUGCUAGAUCAGUUGAAUAGGAUUUAGCAACUACAUUUAUAGGCACACCUUAUUAUAUUUCUCCAGAAAUAAUAUAAAAUUAACCCUAUUCAUACAAAAGUGAUAUAUGGUCUUUGGGAGUACUUCUCUAUGAAAUGUGUACAUUUAAAUAUCCAUUUACUGCUGAUUCAUUACCAGCACUAGCUAAUAAGAUUAUGAAAGCAAAAAUAUAACCAAUAAGUGCUUAGUAAUAUUCACAAAAUAUGAAAAAUUUAAUUCAAUAACUUUUGUAAUUAGAUGCAAAUAAGAGACCAAAUAUAGAAUAAAUUUUAUGUAUCGUUUUAUCAUAAUUUAGAAAAUGCUUUAAUUUAAAAUAGAAUUAAAUAAUUAAAUAUUAAGUAAUAAUAAAUCAUAAAAAUACCUGUUUAACCUAUGCAAAGUAAAGAUAAUUGUAAAAUUAGAGAAGCAAUAACAUUAAGUUGUUAUUAAAAAUGAUGAAUACACAUAAAAUAAAAAAAUAUCUAGAGAAGAAUAAUAAAAAUUCAUGAGAGAAGAUAUUUAAAAAAAAGUAAUUCUAUUUUUUUUUAUUUAGAAAUGUCAACAAAAACCAUAAGAAGUAGUGAUAGAACUAUUUGGUUAACCUAAAAUAAAAUAAGAUCAGAUAUAAUAGUAACAAAGUUAAAUAGAUAAAAAAUUACCAAAAAGAAGAGAUAUUCCAGUAGAGAUAUAUUUACCUUAUAUAUCAAGAUCUGAGUUUUUAGAUUAAUAAUAAUAAUAAUAAUAAUAAUAAUAAUAAUAAUAAUAACCUUAACAGAGUUAAUCUAUAGAAAUAGAUAUAAACAAUAAUAAUAAUGAAUUAAAAUUAGAGAAAUAAUUUUCUGAAAAUACAUAAAUUCAAGAUAUACCAAAUUAAAAGUUAGAAAAAUAGAACUCCAAAAAAUAAGACAAUAUUAAAUGCGUUCCUUAAGAUACAUAAAUUGCACAGAAACCCAUUAUCAAAUUAAGUUUUGAAAGAGCUGAAAAAAUAAGAAUGAAUUUAGAACAAGUCUUCGGAACUGAUUAAUUCUUAAGAUUAUAUUAAAUUUUUAGAGGAUUGAGAGAAAAAUUUAGUUUUGAUGAAAUAUCUCAAUAAUAUGGACCUACUUAUGAAAAUUUGAUUCCAGAUAUUAAUUAGCAGUGUAUGCAAGAGUAAUUAUCAAAUUUAUUUAUAUUACUUGAGUUUGAUUUGGAGCAAUGA